GAGGGGGGUGGGGGAAAAGAAAGGGAGAGAGAAAACACCUUCAUUGGGUUUGAGGUUUCAAACAUUAUUUCUAGGUGACUGUGAAGAUCAGUCAAGUUAAACACUUCUCUGAAAAGUCUCUUUUUGAAGACAGGUUGAUAGCUUGUUCAUGGAACUGCCAUGCUCUGAAGCAUGCAGUCUUGCACCUCUAUCCAGCUACUUCAGUGAGCUCAAUUAUCCUUUUGCGUAUUGAAAAAGGAAAUAUCGCGGAGUUCUGUUUUUAAUCGAGUUUGUGAUGCUAGGGGAGACCCAAGUCAAACCUUUGCCUUUGAUGUUUAACUAUAGCUAUAAAAUCUAGUGUAAUAAAACCACACCUUUAAGUUCAGGGUUUUAAAAGUGACCUCUUAUACCUGAAUUUUUUUAUAUUUGUAAAAUACCAGUUCUGUAUUACCUCAGCUGGUCUCAGAUUGUAAACACUUGGGUAGGAAGUGUAUAUUUAAAAAUCUUUCCUCUGUUCUUCCUCGUCCCUCUGGUGCUGUGAUGAUUUCAGUUAAGGAAACAUACGAAGAUGGCCUGGCAGUGAUGGUGUCAAUUUUGUGUUAAGUCACUGGAUACCCUCUGUUUACUAUUUACAGAUGAACAUUACUUUAGUAUUCUUGUUGUAGAUUUCCACAUCUGCUGCCCAUAUUUCAUCUGUGCUCUUGUUUCAUUUAGUAUGGUGUACCUGGGAUUAAGGACAGAGAAAUAUGUAUGCUCAGGCUGAUUUGGAAAUUACAUUGUUGAAAUACAGCCCAUAUGGCCAUUGUAAAAUGGUUAGCACUGCAUAUAAUUGCCUUCCCAAUGAUGUGCUUUGUCAUUACUUCCAUCUUCCAAGAAGCACUCCUGCACUGUGCUGACAGCAGUGGCAUCAUCAGAAAACAUACAGACAUGCAAAGGCAUUAAAUUGUUUUUACUUUAAGGGUUAGAUUACAGUGUUAGGGGAUGGGUCACCACACUUUCAAUCGAUAACUCUUGCUUAAUUCAGCAAGACUUACAGACGAUAUAGAUUUGCAGAGGUCCUGUUUAUUUGUUUGCUGAGUACACUUCAUCUCUUCCCUUCAAUUGUGAGGAGUUCUUUUAGCUGUGCAUGAGACCUCAUCACAAUAUAGUAGUUAGCUGGCUUCUCUGGAGAGAGUUUCUUCUAACUUUUCAAGCCUCUUGCAGAGUUAUUUUCUAGGAUAUUCCCUCAGCCUCAGUUUUCCUGAAUGUAAGCCCAAAGUAGGCUAAGCAAGGGGAUCAUUUAGAUGUAAAAAGAUCCUAAGUAGUAGAGUCAAGAAGUCACCAAGUGACUGCCAAGUUGACCAGAUUUAUAUUUUGUGUUGGAUCUGUCUCUAGGAGUUUCCCAUACUUUAUCCUUGCUCCCUUUGAAGCAUUGAGAGUUUUAUAAUUUAAAGGCUCAGUGGUAGCUCCCAGAGGCUCCUGGGCCGUGUUACAAGGCAUGGAAAGAAAACCCCCAGGCCCCCACAUCUACAACUGCUAUUUAAAGAUACUUUUGGGAUGCAACAGUAUUGGGGGAUUGCAUGCUUUGAAUUUCAGGGCCCUUUUUGUAGCUGCCAUUGAAUAGUAAGUGAACUCACAGAAUGGAAAGUCAUUCAUCAAAUAUAAUGUAUCUCCUUGGAUCUAAAAGAAAUAAUGAGAACUUGGAGGUUUUCUGAGCAAUAAAUGACUUUGGAGAUCAUUGGGAAGUGGUGUGGGCCACCUCAGGGGACAAUGGGUCAGUUGAGGAAGACCCUGACCUCGUGUCAGCCAGCACUCCACCAUUACCUCUUUUAUGUAUUAGGGUAAGAUUCUUUGGGAAGAAAAAGGUCUCUGGAUUCUUUUUUAAUCUUUUAUUCAAGAAAUAUUUAUCAAUAGCUUUUCUGUGCCAGGCAGACCCUGUUCGAGGCAGAGGGGUGUGUUGUAGUAAGAGAAAUAGAUACCUGCUCCAGUGGAAUAUAUAUUCUAUCAGGAGUGGGGGAGGCACAGUCAAAUCCAUACUGUUUCAGGUGAUGAGGGGUUUUCAAGGUGGGGUGAAGAUAUCACAGCAAGAAUCUAGUAUGUGUAUGCGUAUGUGCAAUUUUAUAGGAUGUGACCUAGGUGAGGGUUUUUGAGGAGGUGAUAUUUGAACAGAAAUGUGAAAGUAGUGAGGGAGCAAGCAAUGUAGAGAGUCACAGUGUAGGGUAAGGGAAAAAUGUCAGGCUUUUCUGCCCUCCCGCCAUCAGGAUAGAUGAUGGAUCCUUGCGGUCCUGAACGCAUACCUGAUGGCGGGCACCUGGAGUAGGAUGUAGGCAUAGGUAGAUGGGAUUCACCUGGGCUAAAACUGCACUUUUAAGGGCGGCGUCACAGGGACGCCAGCAGAAGCUGAAAGAGAAGCCGAGAAAGAAGCAGAAGAAGCUGAGAGAGAAGCAGAGAUCACCGGAGAGCCCAGAUAGAGUGAGGAUUUGCUGGGGGUUGGGAGGACUGCCAGCCUCCCGGCCCCCCAGCACCCCUGCCUGCUGUGUACCGGGUAAAUCCCAAUAAAAACCUGCAAAAGCCACUGAGGACUCUGAUCCUCCUUUACCCGGUCUGCUGGAUCAGAAAACUUGCUCUGUGUCCAUUCCUGACCUUACACACAGGCAGAGCAUUCAAGUGAUGAAUGAGCAAAUGUGAAGUCUUUGAGGAGGGAGAGGCUUGGCAAUGUGAUUAGCUGUAAGAGGACAUGUUGACUAGAAUGGAGCCAGUGAGGAGGAGAAGCAGAGAUGAAGUAGGAACGUAUAGAAACUUUGACUUUCAAACCCCUGUAAUUUUGAGCUGCUUAAAAAAACAAACAGCUGAAAACAACUUUCCAAAGCCUUCAUUUCCCAACUGAAAGUCUUUGAACUUCCCCCAAAUCACCCAGCUGAUGUUAAAACAAGACCAGACCUAGAACUCACUGUUACUUUCCUUUAUGGGAGCUUCUUAGUGUACCUCGGUUCCACCAUUCUAGGCCUUUGUGCCCUGGGCGUCUUUUUUUUUUGGGAAUCAGAUUUGUGUCUUCUCUUCUGUAUAUAGGUAUGAUUCUCCCAAAGGACAUGCUUCAAGAAUGUGUAGAAUUCCAGUUCCCCUGAACCACAACUUGAGGAAUAGCUUUGUGAUUAAGUGAUAAAACUCACUGCUCUUUGGGUGAUAAUUUUAAAAACAACAACCAUGAUCAUGACUGACAUUUAUCAAGGGCCCACUGCAUGUGAUAGUCAUGUACUGAGAAUAGUCUCAUAUUUAGCCCGGAAAGGUAGAGAAUAUUCUUACUCUCAUUUUAGAGAUGAGGAAACAGGUUCAGAGAAUUUUAGUCACUUCCCCAUUGUCAUGUAGCUCAAAAGUAAGAGUCAGAACUUGAGCCCAGGCUGGCUGAUUCCAGGCCCUGUAUUGCUUCCCAGAAGAGGGGGAUGGACUUGCCUCUGGAAAUAUAUGCUCUCUACAGCAUCCCAUUGUGAGAUGUAUCUGUAGCUGAGCCCUGGGAGUUAAGACUGACUGGUCACCGAGCACAUCUACAUCUGCAAAUGCUUGAUUUUGUAGAGGAUCUUACAGCUAGUGUGGCACAGUCCUUGCAAUGACGUGCAUUUUAGGUGGAUUUCUGGUUAAGCUGAUAUCUUUCGGUCUUUUUGAACUGAGUUUGACUAGAGCAUUUUUAAAGAUCUGUACUGUGAAGUGUAUUAUAGGACCUAGGCCAGCCUUUUCAACUCAUUGGCUCCAAUUGAAUUUGUUUUCAUUCCUUCCCUGCCUCUGUGAAGUAGAAGUCCCAGAUACCACCAGUCCCUAUUACUCCUUAGGAUUUAUCAAAUCAUCUUUUAAUAUUAGUGCUUUUGAGGACCAAUAUAUGGGGAGCCUACUUUAAAAUACGUUUGUGUAAGAUUUUUUUGUAUAUGUAUAUGUAGGACUAUGAAGUAUUUUAUAAUAUGAAAUAAAAUAAAGCAUAACAUAAUCAACACUGAGAACACACCACCAGCUUGAACAAACAUUAGUAUGUCACCAUACUUUUCUUUACAUACUAUUUUGAGCAUGUACUGUCAGAGCAGGAAGCAAGUCAACUGUAAGCUUUAGAGCAGGAGACUUCUCAAACCUGGCUGCACAUCAGAAUCCCCUGAGAGCUUUAAAAAAAGUCCCCAUACCCAUGGGAGGGAGCCCUUGUCCAUCAUCAGAACUUUUAAAAGUGUCCCAGGGGAUUCUGUUAUGCAGUGAGGGUUGAGAGCCUCUAUAGGAAGGAGGGUGUGUCACUCCUCUAGUGUUUCUUCACUGUUUCUCAAAAAAAAAAAAUUUCAAUUUUUUUUAAACAUGCUCUGCUCUUCAAGAUGCUGAAGGGUGAUGUCUUGGAGUGCUCCCCUCAUGCUGUCUUCCGACUCCCUUUACAUAUGUGUUGUAAAACAUUUUAGAGAUCAGGAACAGAAUAGGGCAUCAGAUGGGGGGACUGAGAAAGUCAGAAGUGUUGGAAGCCACUGUCUGGGGUGAAAUGACAGUUAUUAUAAAAUUACCUUAGAAGUCACUGGGGACAUAGGGCUUCAUUUAAAAAACUCACGGUCAUCGCAUCUUAAUAGGCAGGCUCUGAGCUGUCUGAUGACUUUUUGGCCUGAGUCAGCUUUAUCAGUAGGAUGUAUGGUAAGUUGUGCCCUGCUAUCAGAGUGGCCAGUUUCUGUGGAUGCAUCUGAGAUAUCAGAUGCACUGUCAGUUGUCAGUUAUAUGGGGACCUAGUUACCUUUUGUGGGCCCAUGCCCCUUCCAGCCACUUAUCCAUUCAAUAAAUGGUCACUGAGUUUCUCCUCUGUGUCAGCCACUGUUCUAGGCACAGGGGGUAAACAGUAUGGCAUGGGGGGAGGGGAUGUAUGGGGUAUUACAUUCUGGUGUUUUGUCUAACAGAAAAACGGUGUGGUAGAACUGUAAUACUCCCUUAGAAAAAAACUCCAGGGGAACCAUUUGACAUGUAGGGAGUAUUUUUUUUUUUUUUUGCCUAAUUUGGCUUAAAUUGAGUUUUUUGAUUAUAAAGAUUUCGAUUACAAAUGCUUCCACAAAUGUAUUUCUUCAAGAAGUUAAACACUGGGACAUUAAAAUUUGCAGGGACUUUUGGAGUCAGUUAAAUUUUAUUAACAGCUUAACAUAAUUAGAGUGAAAUAGAUGUACAGCUUAAGAUAAAAGUUAAGGAAGAUGCUGCAGAAAUAGUGAUACUUAUAUUCUCUUUUGUAUCUUCAGAUAGAAUUCCCUUAUCCACCUAUGUGUUCACAAAUUGAGGGAAAGGAAGGCAGAAAAGAAAAUUUUAUGCCCAGGUGCCUGUACUAGGCUGAACUAUCAGAACUUUGUGAAGACUUUAAGUGAAGCUUAGAUCUGUCCAGUCUCAAUUGCAGCCAGGGACUUGGGCACCCUUUGGAUCCCUGAAUAGAGGGAAUGCACUGGGUAUGAUGUUGGGGGUUAGUCAGUAGUCAGUGAAACAUGAGAAGAAAAUGGGAAAUUUGAGGGAAGAGUCCUGAAAAAGAAAUCUGACAGCUUUGGGUUUAGUGGAGGAAGAAAAUAGUGGUAGAUAGGAUUUCCUUGCUGCCUCAUCAUCUUCAUCAGAUAUAGUUUUUGACUUAAAGAGGGGGAUAAUCUCAUCAUGUGAAGAACUCUUUAUGUGUGAGUGCUUUAAAAAGAUCCAUCUAAAAUGAUAAUUUUAAAAAAGCAAGUCUAUGCUGUUUUCUCAGCUUUUGAAUUGCCAAAGUAGGCUUUGACUUAAGUGUGUGAAAGGGUGGGUGGGAAAUGAGAUUUUUUUUUUUUGUUAUUGUUGUACAAGGGAGGAAAACACUUUCUUUGGUGAAUUUAGAAAUCUCUGGUUCCCUGGCACUGUGUUUCCAUGCAGAGGAACAGAGAGUCUAAUACUUGGUUAACUGCUCAAAUCAACAAGUUUGGGAAGCACUGAGGGUUUGUGGAAGUAAAGAUUGCACUAUAACUCGUGUAGAGAGGCAGGAUGCUUUUGUUUAUCUUUCGAUUAGAAACAACAUGAAAAUACUUGUCAAUUUUGUCUCUACUAUCAACUCAUGGCUAUGAUUCAAUAAUCAUACCGAGGACUAGCAUUCAUUGAAUGCUUGUUUUGUGCUAGAUGUUACUUAAUUGCCUAAAUCAACUCAUGUAAUCCUGUACAGUGGUCCUAUGAGGUGUAAGUACUGCCAGGAUCACUAUUUUAUAGGAGAGGAAACAGCUACAGAGUUUAUGCCCAAGGCCAACACACAGUGUUAUUAACAGGGGAGGCCAUACUUUGUAGUAUUGAUAAGAGCCUGACUUGAAUCACUUGGCAUCAGAGAACAAAAUAAAUGCUUUUAAAGAAGUUUUUCCUGAUACUGGUUUUUUUUUAAAUAAAGAUUUAUUUUUUUAUUUAUGCAAGAGCUGGGUUACAGGCCAGCAGCGUGGGAGGGUGAGAGGAUUCACCGGAGACAGAGUGGGGAGCGGAACAGGCAGAAGGACUGAAAGCACUGCUGAGGGGGAGCAGCAUGGCGACAGGAGUGGUCUGCCAUGCCAUAUGGGAAUCUCCCUGGCUGGCCGGGAAUCAAACCUGCACUGCAGAGGCUGCGUGCAGACAGCUUCACAGCACUGCGCUCAACCUGCUGUGCCACUGGGGAGGCCCGAUACUUUUUUUUUUUUUUUAAGAAUUAUUUAUUUAUACAAGAGCUGGGGUACAGGCCAGAUGUGCAGGAGGGUGAGAGGAUUCACCAGAGACAGAGCAGGGAACAGAACAGGCAGACCGACGGAAAUACACUGCUGAGGGCCGUAGCAGGUGAGACAUGAGAGGUUGGCGGUGCCAUGUGGGCUUCUCUGCGCCCCUUGGGGAUGGAACCAGCACAGCAGAGGCUGCGGACAACUUCACAGCCCUGUGCUCAACCGCCUGCGCCACCAGGGAGGCCCUCCUGAUACUGUUUUAAUGGGGUUUUUGACCUUUCCUCUUCCCUCUUUUAUGAAUGUUUUCAGAGGUGGUAAUGCACCUUAGAUUGCCACCUUAUUAUAGAUGAGAACACAGAUCUAGAAAAUUAUGUAACUGUUCUGUAUGACCUAGUGGGUGAGUGGUAGGACAGGGCUGUGGAACCAAGAUUUCCUCAUAUAUAGGUCACUGCUUUUCCCACUGCUCUGUGUUGCUUCCAUUAAUAUUUUUUUAACUGAGCUAAACAUUUAUAAAUUUAAUUUGUGUCACUCCUGUGGAUGAACUAAAUUAAAAUAGCUAGAUACGGCUUGAUUUUGCCCUAGGGAGGAGGGUGGUAGGCAUUUUAGAAACUAACAUUUGUCCCUGGGGUUAUCUGACCUACUCUUGAGGAUGUCUUUCUAGUCUUUGGGAGGCUUACUUAAAAGAGGAAAGUAUUUAGAGGAAAUAUUAUAGGAGAGGUAUCUUUAGACUUGAGUUUAGUAGGAGCUGAGGACUCAUGGAAGGUGUUUGGUUUUUCUUUUUUUAGAUUUAAAUUAGUGUAUCCAUUUGAGGCUAAAGUAAAAAAGACCUAAAUGGGAGAAAGGUACCUCAAUGUAAGCCUUCUUUAGCUGCAUUUUCAUGUCUCACAAAUAAGGCUUUUAAAAAGGUGGGAAAAACCAUCUUGAUUCUUGGGGUUUGGCUUUUUUUGUUUGUUUUUUCUUUUGGUUUUGAUUCCUUUUGUUGUAACCCCUUUCCUAGGCUAAUGCUUUGUUUAAAAACAAGUGCUCUGGUAUUCUAAAACAAAUUAUCCAGCAGGCUCCCUGAUUGUGCUCUCAGAUAAAAGGCCUGGGGGCAGUGCUUUUUCUGUCUUUGAAUUGUGGUAGCCUAUGCAUGCCCAGACCAAAAUUCAGUUGGCUGUGGAGCUUCCAAACCAGAUUAAGGUGGUUAUCUAAAAGGAGAAUACGAAUUUGAAAGGGGGAAUGUGGAUUGGAUUCAGCCUGGUCUGUAAGUGGUGUUAGGAACCUGGGCUCCUGCUAUUCUUUGCAUUUUUAGGCAAAGGACUUCCAUAGUGUCAUUAACCUCUGGAUCUAAACUCUUAGGGACACAGUCAUGAUAAUGAGAAUUAGGGGCAGGAUCCUCAACUGUGUGGUGGAAAAGUACAUGCUCAGAUUCUUCCUGUGACCCCAAAUCCCAUGUGGCCAAAGAGGAGUAAUUUGAUUUCAGUUUCUGUUCUUAUAUUUGCAGGAUGAGGUUCCCAGGAGGAGUGACUUCGUGAUUGUAACAUAUCAGCUUCCUUUUAGGGGUGAUAUAAUUGUGAGACAAUUAUUCAUCAAAGUUUUAGUCGUGUGUGACACACAUGUACAUAUACACACAUGUACACUCUCUCCUAUGUGUUAGGGGAGAGUGCACCUUUCACUUAUUAAAGCUUCUGCAAAACGUUUCCAAAAUAACUACACUUUUUCAGCCCGGAUUAGGUGAUUUCAGAUUGUUUGGACUCUCAAAUUUUUCUUGCAUUGUGCAGUGGUUUCCAAAUCCUGGGUUGUAUGUUAGCCUCUCCAGGGUAGCUUUUAACUAUGCAGAUUCCUGGGCCCUGUCCCUGUUGGACUAAAAAUUAGUUCUGCUGUGUGACUGUUAUUAUUUGUUUUAUCAAUAGGAUCCCCAGGAGUUCUUUUAUGACAAGUUUUUUUUUUUUUUGUACACAGAUUUUAGAAUCAUUUUUUUAGAAAAUGUUAUUUGAGUCUUCUUUGGGUGGCAGUAACGGUGAUUGGUGAUUUUAAAUAAUUUCUAUGCUGCCAAACUUUAUGAAAAUUAAAGAUGUAAUGUAUAUUUGGUUUUAAAACCUUGCAAAUUGAGAAGUAGAACACAUCCCCAAAUUAGUGUAUCGUAUAACUGAGUUAUCAUAAACUGAGCACCAAAGUAACCAGGACCUAGGUAAGAAAUAGAAAACUGCAAAAACAGCAACAGCAACAACAAAAAAAAAACACCCGAGGGUUUUUUCCAUAGAUUUAUUGUUCCACUCCUGCUUCUCAAUUCCCAAGAAAUUAGGAAUAUAAGUAAAAGUUGAUAAAACAGUAUACGAGACAAGACUUCUGCCUUUCUGUACUAGGUGCUUCUUAAUCCUUCAUUUCUGUAAGUUUUUGGUGAUACUAAGUUUGUGUUGCUCAGUUUUGUUUUGCUUCAACCUUAAGCCUGUUCAUGACAGUGACUAGUAAUGUUCACGACAUAUGUCAAGAUUAACCUCUAAGAGUUGUCUUUUCUGAAAUCUAAUUCAUUGAAAAUAUUUUCAUAAAAGUUUUGAAAAAUGUUUAAGGACAAGUAACCAGCCUUGUCAGUUAUGACUCCGGUCAACAAUCCAUUUGUCAUCACUGCCAGGUAGCCUAGCAAGCAUGACUUAGUAGUCACCUGUCUUUAUCUUGGCACACGUGCAAAGGUGGCUUCUUGAUAACUAUGAGAAGUUUCCCCCUCCUCUCUGUCAACCUCAGAAUAGUCUCUCCUUUUGAUUCUAUUCAGAGCAUUUAAAGUUAGAGGGAAUGAAGUUUCCUUAGGGGUUUCUUCUUUUUCCUUUUUUUCUUUCGACACUUGAAGAGUCAUUUGGGUCUUAGUGGGAGAAGUUCUGACUGUAUUAAAUGGGAGGCCUGCUUGUUUUCUUUGGAAGGGCAUGCGCCAAGUGAAGGGACCUAGAGCAAGCCUUGCGCCUGAGCCAUUCCUGUGGAGGGAGAGAGCUGUCCUUGGCCUCGGGCUGUAGUGACUAAUAAUUAUGUGCCAGCAUCAGCACAUCUGUACUUCCUUGACAGGCACCGGGGGCUUUCUGGAUGCAAGAGCUGCUCCCCCUUCCCCAGUCUCACACUCCCCCAUCUUGGUUAUCUCCAGUAUCAACUAAACAGGUGACAAGACUCCAAUCACCCUGCUCUGAAUGGCUUUCUAUCUUUACAAAAGUACACCAGAGGCUUGUUUUGUUACAGUACAUUGAUUAAAUAAAUAUUCCUACAUGCACAAAGGAACUGAAAUCUGUUAUGGUACUCAGCAGUUAUCUGUCCAUUAGUAGCAAAGAACUACUGCCUGCCUUCUCCCCUCCCCCCACUUAUCCUUUCCAUCACACACAUUCUCAGAGGUGCAAAUAAUGUAAGUUCUCUGACCUGCUUUCAAAUGCCUGUGAAGCAGGGGUGGGGGGUGGGCGGCACUGUUAUGUAUGCACUUUGGUGUGGCAUGAGAUUGGGGCAGUGUCCAAGGUGCCUGGAUCAUAGGAGAGCUUGUGUGGUUUUGAAUAGAGAUUCUUUCGUGCUUUGGGGGUUGUUGAGCCUUAUCUCUCCCCUUAAGCAAAAGUGCAUUCAGGAAGAUUUUUCAAAUUAGCUUGCCUCUUCUACAGAAAGGGUGCUUCUGGUGUUGAAGUCACUGUUUGUCUGAUGUCACUUUUGGAAGCUACAGAGCCUUUGUGAGACUUGAUCCUGUAAUGUUUACUUAUUUACAAGUUCCUUUCCAAUUGUGGUAGCCAGAGAGACCCUCACCUUUUGGAGGGCGGGGGUUGGAGGAAGGCUAGUUAAGAUGAAUAAAUGUGGAUUAAAAAACAUGACUGAUUUAGGAAGUAUUAUUUGUAGUCCUUUUUGUGCAAGCUGUUAAGCACCUCAGUAAUAAGGAAUGAUUGUGAAAUGACCAACACUUUCUUUUCAUGCAAAGUAUUAAAAAAAGGGGUCCAGUUCAUGAGGAGCUGGAAGGAAGAAGAGGAGACUGGAACGUAAGAAAUUAAGCUUUUGGAGAGGACACAAAGAAGUGUCAUGUGAUGAGAAGUGUGACCAAAGGGAGGUGUUGAAAUGUUAGCAACUCCUAACAUCCACUACUCAGAAGAGCCCCAUGUGACAGAAGUGAAAUGGAUGCCCUUGAGUAGCUGUGACAUCAAAAUAAUUGCCAGAAAACUUGUAGCUGCUUGGAUGGCAGACAUGUAAGUAGGGGAAACUGUUGGAGAAGGCAAAGUGAAAUCUCUUAGUGUGUGUCUCUUCCAACUGACUGUGGGUAAUUAGUUGGAAAUGACAUUAACCUGAGCUUAAUUGUAAUUUUGCAUCGUAACAACAUACCAGCUGUUCACUGUAUUCUUUCCUGGUGGUGCGAUUUAAUUAUUUUUUGCUAUCUUUUAAGCUCUAAUUUUCUGUUAUGUUUUCCUUUAAGCCCUCCUUGCUGCCAUGUCCACAGCCCCCACAGUUUAGCAGUGGUGUCAUUUCUGCUGCUUCGGUGCCUGUUCCAUGCUGAAGACUUGGGGGUACACUUGGUGUUUGCUAAUCAGUUGGCUUCUUAAAAGACCACAUUGGAAAGUUACCAAGAUGAUAGGAGUGAUUGGAAACCUUGUUGUGUUUUGGGCUCCUCCAGAAGGUUUUAGCUUUUGGUAUAAAUAAUAUGGAUAAUUCCAGGUCUAUCAAAAUAUCAAGUGAACACGCUGAAAGAGAAGUUAAUUACUGAACAGUGAUUGCUCUGAUAUAACCAAUUAUUGGAUCAUUAAAUGUUUAUUACCUUUUAUAUGCUUCUUUUCCCCCAUAAGGGCAGUUUCUUUUUUAAGUCAUUAAAACAGAAAUGGGAUUUAAAAAAAAAUUCUGCUUAAAAAAAUUUGCACAAGACUGAAGUAUUAAAAAGGUCUUGUGUGAUCUGACAGCUGAAUAGCCUGUUUUUCUCUGGUCUGUUGAAUAAGUAAUUAAUGAAAUGUAUUGCCUGAGCAGAGAAAAUAAGAUUAGUUUUGCUGAGAAAGAAAACAAAAGCAAAAUAUUAACCCCUAAAUGCAGGUGAAUAUGAAAGCGAGCAUAAGUAUACAAGAGUGGAGUCUUUGAAUGGUAACAUGCUCAGUGGUAAAUUCUACUUUAAUUCAUCGAGCACCAACAUUAUAUUUAGAAGGAGUGGGGUUAUAUAAAUACUGAGAAGGCAAGGGAUUCUGUCUUCAUAGAGACUCUGUGUUGGCAGAGCAGUUAAACUAGAUACUUUAGGACCGUUAUUGCCGUGUCGGUUCUGUGAUAGUAUAAACAGGCGCAUGUGCAUUUCUGUGGGGCAGGGAUAGUAGUUAUGAAGAGAGAAUUUACAUUUGCAGGUGUGGGUAUCCUGUAGAUUAAGAAUAGGAGGAGUAUAAUUGGGAAGAGAAUCUUGCUUUUGGAGGUCCUGGUGUCAUUUGGAUUAACAGCAGGCUCCCGGGAGCCUCAUUAACUUGGUUUCACAUUUCAGCUUUGCCUCUUAUUCACUUUAUGGCCACUUACCUUAGUGUCCUCAUCUGUAUAAUGGAAAAAUAGUAGUGAGGGUUGUUGUGAGGAUUAAAUGAGUUAUUAAGUGAUUAUGACAGUGUGAACAGUCCUAAGUGUUGGUGUCAUUUUUGUGGGAUAAUGCAACUGGGAAUUCUUUCUUAGGGGAAAUGGUAAUUUAAUUGGAUGCUGAGGAACAGAAAGAUGUUUCAGGCAUUUCUUGUAUUGUCAUGUGUAACCACAUACUUAAUUUAUAAUGCCUACAGUAAUGUGUGCUUAUGUAGCACCAUUGUCAAAAGAUUACAAAGGGCAUUUACAGCUGUUUUUUUUUUUCUCAGAACAGUCCUCUGAAGCAAGAAGACUGUUUAUGCACAUUCUCCGAGGUGUGAAAGGCUGCAGAGCUCAGCACUGCCAGAGAUGCUCUUUAAUUGAGAAAGAUGUAGCACUUAAGCCUCAGGAACGUGUCGAGAAACGCCAGACCCCUCUGACCAAGAAGAAACGAGAAGCACUUACCAACGGCUUGUCCUUUCAUUCCAAGAAGAGCAGACUCAGCCACCCACAUCACUACAGCUCAGAUCGAGAAAAUGAUCGUAAUCUCUGCCAGCACCUUGGGAAGAGAAAGAAAAUGCCAAAGGGACUCCGACAGCUCAAGCCAGGGCAGAACAGCUGCAGGGACAGUGACAGUGAAAGCAACAGUGGAGAAUCCAAGGGCUUCCACAGGAGCAGCUCCCGGGAAAGACUCAGCGAUAGUUCAGCUCCUUCCAGCUUGGGAACAGGCUACUUCUGUGACAGCGACAGUGACCAAGAAGAGAAGGCAUCAGAUGCCAGCUCUGAAAAACUCUUCAAUACUGUUGUUGUAAACAAAGAUCCGGAGUUAGGUGUUGGCACACUACCCGAACAUGACAGCCAGGAUGCAGGGCCGAUUGUCCCCAAGAUAUCGGGUCUAGAGAGAAGCCAGGAGAAGAGCCAGGACUGUUGCAAAGAGCCGAUCUUUGAGCCUGUGGUGCUCAAAGACCCCUGCCCUCAGGUCCCACAGCCGCUUUCCCAGCCCCAGGCGGAACCCCAAGCCCGAGCUCCUUCUCCGGACCCCGACCUGGUGCAGCGCACAGAGGCCCCGCCUCAGCCCCCACGUCCAAGCACACAGCCACCACAGGGCCCCCCAGAGGCCCAACUUCAGCCCGCUCCACAGCCUCAGGUGCAGAGGCCACCCAGGCCACAGUCCCCCACCCAGCUGCUCCACCAGAAUCUCCCACCUGUGCAGGCCCACCCCUCGUCUCAGAGUCUCUCACAGCCACUGUCUGCUUACAACAGCAGUAGCUUAAGCCUCAACAGUUUAAGCAGUAGCAGAAGCAGCACCCCGGCGAAGACUCAGCCUGCCCCUCCUCACAUCUCCCACCACCCCUCAGCCUCCCCGUUCCCCCUCUCACUGCCCAACCACAGCCCCCUGCACAGCUUCACACCCACCCUCCAGCCCCCCGCACACUCACAUCACCCCAAUAUGUUUGCCCCUCCCACUGCUUUGCCUCCUCCACCACCACUGACAUCAGGGAGUCUGCAGGUCCCCGGACACCCGGCGGGGAGCACGUACUCAGAGCAAGACAUCCUGCGACAGGAACUGAACACACGUUUUUUGGCCUCUCAGAGUGCUGACCGUGGGGCAUCCCUGGGCCCUCCGCCCUACCUGCGGACCGAGUUCCACCAGCACCAGCACCAACACCAGCACACGCACCAGCACACACACCAGCACACCUUCACGCCGUUCCCCCACGCCCUCCCGCCCACCGCCAUCAUGCCGACGCCAGCACCUCCCAUGGUGCGUACCCCAGGCAGAAAUUUUGACAAAUACCCUACAAAAGUUGACCCAUUCUACCGGCACAGUCUCUUCCAUUCCUAUCCUCCUGCAGUAUCGGGCAUCCCCCCUAUGAUUCCACCCACUGGCCCUUUUGGUUCACUACAAGGAGCAUUUCAGCCGAAGACAUCCAACCCUAUUGAUGUUGCUGCUCGACCUGGGACAGUCCCUCACACACUGCUCCAAAAGGACCCAAGGUUGACAGAUCCUUUCAGACCUAUGUUAAGGAAACCAGGGAAGUGGUGUGCUAUGCAUGUUCACAUUGCCUGGCAGAUCUACCACCACCAACAGAAAGUCAAGAAACAGAUGCAGUCAGACCCACAUAAACUGGACUUUGGACUGAAGCCCGAGUUCCUGAGCCGGCCCCCAGGUCCCAGUCUCUUUGGAGCCAUCCACCACCCCCAUGACCUGGCACGGCCCUCAACUUUGUUCACUGCUGCUGGUGCUGCACACCCAACUGGGACCCCUUUUGGGCCGCCUCCUCAUCACAGCAAUUUCCUUAACCCUGCUGCUCACCUAGAGCCUUUUAAUCGGCCGUCUACGUUCACGGGCCUAGCAGCAGUUGGUGGCAAUGCCUUCGGGGGACUUGGAAAUCCUUCAGUUACACCCAACUCAAUGUUCGGCCACAAGGAUGGCCCCAGUGUGCAGAACUUUAGCAACCCUCACGAGCCCUGGAACCGGCUGCACCGAACGCCUCCGUCGUUCCCGACCCCUCCGCCCUGGCUGAAGCCAGGGGAGCUGGAGCGUAGCGCGUCCGCUGCAGCUCAUGACAGAGAUAGAGAUGUAGAUAAACGAGACUCAUCUGUUAGUAAAGAUGACAAAGAAAGGGAAAGCGUUGAGAAAAGACACUCUAGCCACCCUUCACCAGCACCUAUCCUCCCGGUGGGCACCCUGGGACAUAACCGCAGCUCCGCUGAACAGAUCAGGGGUCAUUUGAACACUGAGGCUCGAGAGAAAGACAAAUCCAAAGAGAGGGAGAGAGACCACUCGGAAUCCCGUAAAGACCUGACCGCCGAUGAGCACAAGGCGAAGGAGGCCCACCUGCCAGAGAAGGACGGCCACAGCCACGAGGGCCGAGCCGUGGGGGACGAGGCCAAGCAGCUGGCCCGGGUGCCCUCACCCUACGUGCGGACCCCCGUCGUGGAGAGUGCCAGGCCCAACAGCACCUCCAGCCGUGAGGCGGAGCAGCGCAAGAACGAGCCAGCCUAUGAGAACCCCAAGAAGAGCUCGGAGGUCAAGGUGAAGGAGGAACGCAAGGAGGACCACGACCUGCCUCCCGAGGCCCCGCCGGCCCACCGGGCUUCGGAGCCGCCUCCUCCAAACUCCUCGUCCGGUGUACACCCCGGGCCCUUGGCCUCGAUGCCCAUGACGGUGGGGGUGACGGGUAUUCACCCCAUGAACAGCAUCAGCAGUCUGGAUAGGACUCGCAUGAUGACCCCUUUCAUGGGCAUCAGCCCCAUCCCAGGGGGAGAGCGCUUCCCAUAUCCUUCUUUCCACUGGGACCCCAUACGGGACCCUUUGAGGGAUCCCUACCGAGAACUUGACAUUCAUCGGAGAGACCCGCUGGGCAGGGACUUUCUGCUGAGGAACGACCCCCUCCACCGUCUCUCGACUCCCCGGCUGUAUGAAGCUGAUCGCUCCUUCAGGGACCGGGAGCCUCACGACUACAACCACCACCACCACCACCACCACCACCCUCUGUCUGUGGACCCACGGCGGGAACACGAGCGAGGGGGCCACCUGGAUGAGCGGGAGCGCUUGCACAUGCUCAGAGAAGACUACGAGCAUACGCGGCUCCAUUCCGUGCACCCCGCCUCGCUCGACGGACACCUCCCCCACCCCAGCCUCAUCACUCCAGGACUCCCCAGCAUGCACUACCCCAGAAUCAGCCCCACCACGGGGCACCAGAACGGACUUCUCAACAAGACCCCUCCGACAGCCGCGCUGAGCGCGCCCCCCCCACUCAUUUCUACCCUGGGGGGGCGCCCCGUCUCUCCCAGGAGGACUACUCCUCUGUCAGCAGAGAUAAGGGAGAGGCCUCCUUCUCACACCCUGAAGGAUAUUGAGGCUCGAUAAGGAAAGAACAGGACACAGAAGAGGAAGCGGAAACCCUACACCAACUCAACGGCAAGACUUUAGAAGUCAGAGAACACCCACAUCAUCCACACAGACUGCCGGGGGAGGAGCCCCUCGCUGCUCCCCUUGUAAAAAAAUGUAUAGACUCGGUGCAGAUUUUGAAAUGUUUUUGUAUAUUAUAAGUUGAAAUUUUUCAGGUCUUUUAGCCAAGUCAUAUGUUCUCACGUCUCCUACUCUUUUAGUCUCUCGUAUAAAACUUCUCAAUUUGAACCAAAACAGUGAAUAUGACAACCCGCACCAAUUUGGUGGUAGUGGGGAGGGUGGGGGCAGGAGUCCACUCAGUCCACCGUGCAGAGCUCUUUCAGAGGAGAAGGGAAGGCCAUGUACAUAGUUCUGUAAAAAGAGAAUUGCUUCGUGAGCUAAUGGUUCAUAUAUGCAAAGGGUAAGAUGAAAGCUUUACUUUGUACAAAUGUAAAUAGCUAAAGAUUAAGUAACAUAAUACAUUAAUACUUCUUAAAAUGUGCUAUUUGCAAACUUAAUAUCAGUGAACACAGCCUUCCACGGCUGGGUUCCCAUAUAUUGUUAUAGACAGCUAAACCCUUCAACUAUGCAAUGAAUGUUAGGGCUUUUCACAAAAGCCCGUCUAACUCAAAGGAGCCUUUUCAAAUCCAUUUACAACAUACUUAAGGUCAUAUUUUCCCUGAACAAGCGCUUACGUGAUAUGACUCUGUUUUCCUUGCUUGUUUUUCAAACGGAGAAACAUCCGAUCUUGCAAAAUUGGACCCCAGGCUGAAACUUUGCAUCUGAAGUUGCUGCUUGUGGGCUCUUGGGGGGAGCGUGCAGCCCCAGAAAGGUAGCCGAGGACAUGAGCAACCAGUGCCAGGGAGGAUGGGAGUUGUCAGAUGCCAAAAUCAGGGGACACAAACAGGUCGCCAGCAUCUCGUCACCACCGGUCAUGUGACUUCACACACACCUCAUGUGGGAACCAUGCCUCUUUCCAGUGUGUCCUGUUUCCUAUCUGUACACACCUCCUCAUUUUGUAACGAGAUGUAAUUCCACCCAAACACAUCCUGAAAGAAAGCUUCGCGUUUUCUCAGAUGAUGGAUAUGUUUUCACUGUAGUCAAUACCUGAUAAGUGUAGGGCACACAUUCCUGACGUGACUCCUUGUAUUCCAGUUGGUAAUAAAGUCUGGGAAUAACCGUAGCAGGUCAAUCUCAUGGAGCCAUGGAGAGUUACAGAGGAUGAAAGGUGGCAGAGACAAGGUCUUGUGUGUGCGUGUGUUUUUAAGUUUGCAUCAAUCUUAAUGUCUCUUCAUAAUACUUUUAUAAUACAUUAAGCCUCUUGUCUACAUAUUUGGAGAGAAUAUGACUUUACUAGCAGAGAAAUACAAUAUAUCUUGUCUACUGGACUGUAAAAUAUAUGUAUGAAAUAAAAUUAGUUCCAUUUGGUCUUCUAGUAUAUUAAAGUGCUAUCUGACGUUGUUAUCCUGUUUUUGCAAAAAAAAAAAAAGUUAACUACAGACCAUUGUUUCUAAUAAGCAGAGAGAUCUAUUUUAGUAGUAAACUGAAGGUUUAGUUGUGAGCUUCAGAUUUUGUGAACUCCAGAUGUUGUGCAGUGUUUUUUUUUUUUUUUUUUUUUUUUAAAGACAACAACUAAAAAGAAAAAAAAAUCCAAGGAAUAUGUACACUGGAACUGUAGUGGUAGCUUUCAGUAUUGUAAAGAGAUUGUUCUAUACAGACCUUUUUGCUGUUUAUCCUGUAUGUAAUAAAGUCCUUUCUAGAUCCUAUGUGAAAAGAAAAGUGAAGCGACUGAAUCUUCAGCAUGUUCUCAUCGGCGGAGCCUUCUUGUGUAAUGUAAACUGUGCCAUGUUAUUAAAAAAUGUGAACUAAGCUUCCAGCUGCUUGUUUGUGUGAGAUGGCCAUCCUUACCCUAGGGCAGAAGCCAUACUUGCAAGACCUGGCUCUUGAACCUUGAACCCAGCCCACGUGAGAAGGCGAGGCUGGCUGCGAUGGCCAAGCGGCCCGACCCGGUUCAGUAGGCCUGUAGCUGCUGGAACCAUCUCUGCUCCCUGCCGUGUCCCCACAGUCAGCUGUGGAAUUGUUUGUUCUGUAUGUUUUAAGCAAAAUACUGUAAGUCCCGGGAAGGCACGUAGGGUUUUGUAGAUGAUACAGCAAGUGCCCUUUAUGUCACGGGCUUAUUUCAAAACGCAGCAUUUGCUUGAUCUGUGUUGAUGACAGGUCUGAGUUGGGGCCUUUGAUAAGUGUCUCUGCUUGCUUGUUCCUUUGCAUUUCAGUCUGUGGGCUCAGUCAGUUGUAUGUCACAUCAGACCUUCCAGAUUUUUUUCCUGUCGUUGAUUCUGUUCCAUGGAGCGACAUGGCAUUGCCCCCGUCGGUCUGCAGACGUCUCCCUCUUCCUCGAAAGCCUGUUUUGUUUUUUCCAAGAUGUAAAAAUUGUUAAAUUUUCUUGUGGCAACCUGAUCGAAGUGCUGUUUGUGUUUGUAUCUUAUUGAAAAAGCCAAUCAAAAACAGCUUGGAU